GAGGAGGAGGAGAGAAGAGGGAGAGACAAGAGUCAAGGCUGGCAGCUCCUUCAAGAUGCGAUCGACAAGGCUCCUGUCCCUGCUGAGCUUGUUUCUGUUGGCGGAUGGAGAAACGAGGACGAGCCGCGUCUCUCCCGGCAUGUUUGCCUUCAUGGGGACUUGUGGCGGAUUGCGAGCAGGAUGUUUCAAAGUCAACACCAUGCUGAUGCGACAAAGAGCAAAAAGCGCUAUCAAACGGAGUCUGGAGAUGAAGGAAGAAGGCAGUUUGCGAGUGAGAGGCUAUUCCAUAUGGUAUGGAGUCAGCAAGGCGGCGGACGAUCGCUCGUCGGCUCUGCCUGUUGUGGUCCUGCACGGGGGGCCGGGAGUUCCCUCGCACUACCUGGAACCGCUGGAGGGGCUGAAUCAGAUGGGGGGCAGGAGCGUGUUCUUCUACGAUCAGCUGGGAUGUGGAAGGUCUGACGAGCCUGAGGAGGAGGAGUUCUACUCAGUGCGGCAAAGCGCGGAGGACGCGGCGACCAUGCUCAGUCACUUCGCUGAGUUCCAUGGCCUCCUGGAGGCAGGUGGGUUCCACCUCUUGGGUCACAGCUGGGGAGGAUGCUUGGCAGCAGAGGUGGUGAUGCGUCACCUGGCCCACCACCCGAAGCUCCUUUCAGGCCUCAAGUCUGUCAUUCUCGCGAGCUCUCCCGCGUCUCCUGCUGAGUCGCAGGAACGAGCGACGAAGAUCAUCGACGAGUACAAGAGGGAGCUUGACGGGCUCUCACCUGACGAGCUUGGGAUGAGGCCUGACUGGCCCC